AUUCCCAGCAUUCCACGCCUUUCAAAGCCCCGAAUUUUUUCCUGUUUUUGGCAACCACGCUAUGUACUUUGGCCACACACGCCUCGAUUUUCACCAAAACAACCCUUCUUGCCCAUAAAUCAGAAAACGAUUUAGUCAGAAUGGGUAACACGCGGAGUGCAGCAGAUCACGAAGUUGAUAUCUGGUGGGACAACAAACCUUCCACUCCCACCAGCGAAGUGAUAGAAGAAGAAACCAAACUCGAUCGACAAAACCGCAUCAAAGAAGAACUAGACGAGUUCAAGCUCGACUUGGCCCGGAAGCACGAAAAACGCAGACAGCUGAUCGCGGAGAAGCGCAAAGAAAUGGAAGAUCUUCGCGAAGAAGUGAAACGGCUGACACUGGAAAAUGAAGAAUUGAAAGCGAAUAGGAGACUUACACAUGGAACGAACGACUUGGAAGAUAUUAGACAAAAGAAUCUCGAAUUGAAGAUGACGAUAGCGAAACUGCAGAGUGAUCUACAGGAUUUGAACGGUGAAAUGGUUACUUUUGAGAAGGAACGGCAGGAUUACAAGGCUCACGUGGUGGCUCUUAAGGACGUAGUGAGUGUUUCUAAGCAGAUGUUGAUGAUCAGAGAAGCGCAGUUGAAGGAACUGAGAGAAAAAGUUAAAGAAAUUGAAGCUUCUUUAGCCGGAAGAGAACUGAAAGUGCUAUCACAGGACUUGAGGGCGGAAUAUGAAAAGCAGUUGCAGAAUAUUAGAAACUUGAGGGUGUUCUACGAAGAGCGACAACGCGCUGACAAAAAGGAAAAAGAAGAAAUGAGGAAAUUGUUGGAUGAAGUCAAGAAGGAACUACAAGACGAGAGAAACAAGAAUGCAGAGCUAAAUGAAAAUUUGGAAAGGUUAGAAGAAGAAAACUCGAAGAAGUAUGACGAAAUAAAGAAUCUCGAAUCGAAUUUAGGUUUGACUAAGGCGGAGUGUCGUCAGUAUGAAGCAGAAUUGUCCGUUAUAAAUCAGCUGUUUUCCCAAAUUCUGCUUGGUUUCAACAAUAACCAAGAAAUCGACAUGGAUAAAUUAAUCAAAUUGUUGGAAGAAAACCACCACUUGCUUCAAGACAUUGCCGUGAAUGAAGAAUCUAAUCAAGUUUCGGCCUUACCCAAAGUUCUUUUAGAUCUAGUUAACGAAGUUAGUGAUUCCAAAGACACAGAAGAAGUAGAAGCACCAAAACCAAACCCAGAAACGCAAAUUUCCAACCAACUGAAUAGUGCGUCCGAAAUUGUUGAAAAUUUGCCAAAAGUAUGGAAAGUUCUGAUUGAGCUCCUAAGUCACCAGUGUGCUCCUGUCACCAACGAGGAUCAAAAGAACGAAAAUCCUUGCUAUAAACUAGUACAAACACCAAAAGGACUCAAUCCAGUCCUCAGCGUUAGCCAGACUUUUAUUCGUUUGAAGGAUCUUAUUCUCGAGAAGAAAAGUCUCGAACGCGAAACUGGUCGUUUGAAACACUUGAACACCCAUCUAGAAUGCCGUCUACAAGAACAAGAAAAACGUCUAGAACUUGUCACCAACGAACUGUCCGAAACUUGGCAUGUGGUGGGCAAACUUCAAAAGAAGCACCAACUUCUACACACGCAAGAAAAAAUUCUCCGUUACGAAUUAGCCCAAAAACGCAAACUCCUCACCGAACUCAAAGCAGAAUUAGAAUAUAGUCGCGAAAAGUGGCAAGAAGCCAGAGAGAAGAAUUCCAAUACAGAAAAACAGUGGGAACAACUGCGGAUCGAGUUCGCGUCACGUAAAACAGCGGCAGGAGAUGAUUCCCACAACAGUGUCGAAAGUGGAUACAGUGACGACAAAGAGUGUUCCAGUGAAGACGAACCUGGAUACGAAACUGACGUCUCAGAGGGGAAUCCGAAGCAAGAAAAUGAAGAAAAAACGAUUGACGAUGUUUUGUCUGCGAGGGAAGAAAGGCUGAUGAGGCUGGAAAGCCAGUGUAGUAGUUUAGUACAACAGGUGGCCAACACUUCAAGCAGGAGUGUGGCCAUUUCAAACAAACUGGACGCGCUACAUGAGGUGUACACGGAGGGAAGAGAGAAUGGUGAGACGUCCGGAUUGGGCGAAUCUACCGAUGGGGGGAGUUCGGAGCAAUAGUACAAAUUGUUGACUUGUACAAACUUGACUUAAGUAUUAUUGUGACUGUAAUAUUUUUGCAUGUUGUUUUUAUAUGACAAUUCAAUAUUUUGUGUAUAAUUUGUGAAUAGAUUAAAGUUGUUUUAAAAAAGUAAAUAAAACAAAUUUUUGUUUA